AUGGCUGAAUACUUUUUCUUUUAUAAACCACACAACGAUUUUCAAAUUUAUCAUAUCGCUUGUAAAGAAAUUCCAUUUGAGAUGAUUUCUCGCCUUUUAACUAAUAACAAUUACUUGACUCACAAUAAUGUUCAAUUAAAUAAUUCACAUUUAUUUUAUUAUCAGCAUCCUGACGAUAAGAAAAUCUAUAAAGUUAUUUGUGAAAUAGUCUCAAAUGAUUAUAUUGUUCGUAUGUUAAACAAAAUUAAUUAUGGCAACGAAUUAAACCUUAAUGAACAACAACAGGUGGAGUUUUCUCAAGAACUUAAAUAUUGA